AUGAACGCCCUGGCGUCUUCUUCACAUGUGUCUACUAGCGACAAAAAUCCAUCACGCCAGCAGAGCCCUGGACUUGGUGGAACUGCUUCACGCUUCUUCGUCUCCAUGCGCAAGUCCAUCAGUCAUAGCCUUCUGGCAUCCCCCAGAAAACGACAUGCAGACAACCUACGUGGUGGUGUUGGCAUGUAUUCUACGCCCGAAGAACGAAACCCUUAUGUCCAGCCACGAAUGCACGCGAGAUACAGAGAAUCCGCGGCUUCCCGUCCUACCAUUGAGCAAAUUGCAAUGGGUCUCCAUGUUUCCUGCACACCACAUCUGCGCAAUCCGUGUCACCACCGCCAUUCUGCACCUUCAUCACCCUCUCAUAUACGCCUCCCACCACCCCCUUCCCGCUCUUCCCUCAAGAAAACAAUUACUAGCACUACCUUAAACUGCCCCCCUCCGAGCUCCAUUGCAUUACUCGGCCCAUCUCCCUCCACCUCUACGAUCAACUCAGCAGGUCCAGCAACACCAGAUGGCGCGCGGCCCGUGCUGUCCCUAAAGCAUCGUAUGUCGAAGUUGAUACUCGGUUAUCGCUCUGCGUCCUCACCGGUGGCACGGGUCACAUCAUUAGCGUCAUCAGGAAGUGGAAGUGAAGGAACCCGCCCGACGACCCCAAGAAAAUCAGUGCGAUUUUCUACCAGCGUGCUUGAGUUGGAUGAUCAAAAUCUCAAGCAUUCAUAA